AUGCAAAACGUCACCCAUCCGAUGGGUCGGGCGCCGCGGCCCGACGCGUCCCCUUCCCCCUCUUCUGCCAUCUCGCCUUCAGCGACGAUCCCCUCCCUUCUCUCCUCCCCCCCCGACACGGACGUCCUCAAGGGAGACCCUCCCAAGACACACCCGGUCGUGCCAUCGGAGUGGAUCUCCGGCGAAAAGGGGGGGCCCCCGAUCCUUCCCACCUCCCUUUUCGUGACGUCUCCUUCCUCCUACGCCACCUCGGUUGGGUCACAGGGGGUCCUCUGGGCCGUGACACACCAGGGCGCGCCAACGGAGGGGGCCGUGCAUCGCAGCCGGAGGGUGGCGGGAUCAGAAUCGGGAUCGGGACCGGUUUGGACCCAUGCAGAAACGCCUUCCCACGGGGCUGGGACGGGAACCCCCUUCGAUGGGUCCUCUUGGGGCCUCCCCGAGGAGCUCUCGCGAAGCCUCCGGCACAUGGAGCCCUCCACCGAGGGUUCUCAGGGCGCGACUCCGGUGAAAAAUCGUGCAGCUCUCGAGGCGGCGGCAGAGAUGCUGAGUUCCUCAAAAUAG